CCAAUGGACUGCAGACAUAGUACAGGAGAUGACCAGAGACUGUGGAUAGUACAGGAGAUGACCAGAGACUGCGGACAUAGUACAGGAGAUGACCGGAGACUGCGGACAUAGUACAGGAGAUGACCAGAGACUGCAGACACACGGGCCGGCCACUCAGCUCUGCAGCGGGACCUUACCUGUUCCUCUAUCCAGCGGCGCGCUGUCUUCCGGCUUCUGUAGUGUGGGCACUGGGCAUGACAGCCGGGUGCCAAGUGCGCAUGCGCAUGAAGCGGUGCUUUUUGUGAAUGGUAAGGCGGUACCUGGGACACAUGACAGAUCCCAGAAGCCGCCGGACCAA